AUGAGGGCACGGCCGAGUCUCACCUGCUAUAUAUUGGGCACAACCUGUGCAACCGGCAUUCACUUGAACCUCACAAGCCCAGUCAUGAACACAAAGGUGACUCCUAUGAAUUCUGUCCUCCUUCUGCUCGGUCUGGCAGCCAUCGUUGCUGCAGACAGCCGUGAGAUUUAUCACCUGCCUCAGGAAACCUCAGAGUCUUCCGAAGAAUCCUACGAGUCUUCUGAAGCCAAGUACAGCUUCAACUGGGCCGUCAGCGAUGAUUCCUCAAGCAACGAGUUCGGACACCAGGAGGCCCGUGACGGCGACCACACUCAGGGAUCCUACUACGUGCAGCUCCCCGACGGCCGCCUGCAGACUGUCACCUACUUCGUGGACGGCGACUCCGGCUACGUGGCUGAGGUCAACUACGAGGGCGAAGUCUCCGACGAGUCUAAUUCUUCCGAGUCUGAGGAGGAUGUAUCACUAUACGAGUCAUAGUAAAGAAAAAGUUGAAUUAAUAUGUUUAAGGGCUGUUACUGUUGUUUGUUUAAUUAAAUAGUCAUGAAGAAAACACGAUUGUUUAUCUUUUACACUUAUUUCAAUAUAUCUUUCCCAAAAAAUAGUAAUAAGUGCAUUUUUUUUCUCUCUCUCUCUCUCUUUUAUAAAUAAGGGGUAGUAAGUGCAUUUAAAUAUUUUUUUUAAUUAAUAUCUCACAAUACAUGGCAUUUGAUGAUCAGGAUAGACAUUUCGCCGCUAUACGUUGAAGAUCGUGUUAAACUGUGGCCUCUGCUUAAACAUUAUUAAAUUAACUAGUUAUAACAUGAAUCCAAUGAAGUUCCGGUAUUAUAAGAAAUAUGAUAAACAAUAA